AUGCGUCUCCUGCGAAAGGCAGUGCGACCCGAUGGGGAGGUGGAGGUGAAGGUGACGGUCAGCACCACUGAGGACUUGUGGCACCUGUACAACUUCCUGCUUCUCGGCGAUCACGUGCGCACGAAGACGCGGCGUAAAGUGACGAAGGAAACGUCCAUCGGCACAAAGGCGGCAGAGGUGCGUGUCGUUACUCUGGAGCUUGAGGUGCGCCAGGUGGAUUUUUCCCCUGAGGAGCUUCGGGUGCAAGGCAUCAACGUCUCAGAAAACGAGCACGUGAAACUCGGCGCACACCACACGCUGUCGAUUAUUACCUUCCCGCCACAGGACAUCACCAUCGUCAAGAAGGAGUGGGAUGACAUUAUUGAGGCCCGACUGAGGGAGGCGUGCGACAACGAGGCGAGGGCUGAUACGGCGGCCGUGGUAAUGGAUAACGGUACAGCCAAUCUACUCCUGGUGACCCCCUCGUUUAUGCACCCCAAGGCGAAGGUGGAGGUGACGAUCGCGAAGAAGCACAAGAAUGAUGGCACGGCGCGGGAUAAAAGCAUUCAGCGUUUUUUUAAACACGUGCUGGACGCUAUUUGCACGCAUGUCGACUUUGAAAAGACAAAGCUGCUUCUUAUCUGUUCGCCUGCCCACAUUCGGGAGGAGUUUUUCAAGUACAUGGAGUCCGCUACCGUUCACGCUGAGGCGGGAGCGCUGCGAACCGUUUACAAGAAUUUGUCCAAGGUGGUGCUUGUGAAAGUGACAGACUGCACAAAUGAUGCACUUCGCAAAGCCUUCGCCGACCCCGCCAUCGCAACUCAAAUGAGCUCCACACGCUCUACUGAGGACAUGAAGGUUUGGCAAAGUUUUCAUAACACAAUGAGCAGUGAUCCGGAUCGUUGCGUGUACACCCCACAAAUGGUUUACCAGGCUGCAAUGGUGGGGGCAAUAGGAAGGCUCAUGGUGAGCGACGAGGUUUUUCGCUCGAGUAGUCCCGUUGAAAGGCGUUUUUAUUUGUCACUCGUCCAGUUUGUCAAGAAUGGUGGAGGAAAAGUUAGCGUUUUCUCCAGCAAUCACCUUACUGGGGAACAGCUGACGCAGCUGGGUGCCGUGGCUGCGAUUCUUCUCUUUCCAUGCCCAGAGUUGGACGAGGUGGAAGUGGUCUCAGAUUUUAUUAAUAGUGAAGAGGCCGCCGCAUUCAUUCGAGAAAAUGCCCCUGCACGUGUGACGGUUUGA